AUGUCAUACUUAGUGUUUGAAGUCACACCUAGGAGAAUUAAGGGAGGGGACACUAUGUUAGUCUUUAGAACAUCAUAUGAUUGUAAAGUAAAAUUGUCUUUAACAUACUUCUGGCAUCUUUGGGUAGUGUUGAGAUCAUGUGCUUUCAACCUGACAACUAAAGAGGAUAGUGCUAUCAGAUUUGAACAGUCUUCAGCUGGUGCACUUGACAAGAAUGCAGCUCAGUUUCAUCAUAAUAAAAUUCAAGAAGAAGAUGCUUUGGAUCCAGAGGAAUUUGUUCGAUUCUAUCACAGCAUACAUAAACGUACAGAAGUGGAACGGUUAUUUAAACAAUACUCUACUAAAAAUGCUAGCAUUAUGGAACCCGAAGAACUUUAUAUAUUUCUCAAAGAGCAACAGAAAAUGAGCCAAGUCACUUUGUCUUAUUGUAGAAGAAUUAUAGAGAUGUGUGAAGGUGAUCAAGAAACUGAAAAAGGAUAUCUAUCAGUUACAGGUUUUCAAGAAUUGCUUCUUUCUGAGGAUUGCGACAUAUUUAACAAGGAUCAUCAUACAGUGUAUCAAGAUAUGACACAACCUCUCUCCCAUUAUUACGUUGCCUCUUCACACAACACAUACUUAAUGCAAGGCCAGUUGAUUGGGGAAAGCAGUGUGGAAGGAUAUAUUCUUGCUUUAAAACGUGGAUGUCGUUGUCUAGAAUUGGAUGUCUGGAAUGGACCUAGUGAAGAGCCAAUCAUAUAUCAUGGCCGCACCUUCACUUCUAAGAUUUUACUGUCUGAUGUACUGGAAGCCAUAAAGAAAUAUGCUUUUGUAGCCUCUAGGUAUCCCGUUAUCUUGUCUCUAGAAAAUCAUUGUGGAGUAACGCAGCAACUCAGAAUGGCUGAACACUUUGUGAACAUCUUUGGAGACAUGCUUCACACCACACCAGCAAGCGAAGAUGAAGUAGAUCUUCCUUCACCUGAGAAACUGAUAGGAAAAAUUUUGUUGAAGGGUAAGAAGCUGUCGGAGGGUAGCAUAAGUGGAGAAGAAGAGCUUCUGGAAGAAGAAGAAGAAGGAGAGAACCAGUGGGAAUCAAAAUUCAGAGAUAAUUCAACCCUGCUUGCUUUCCUGCUACAUACUUUCUUAGGGUUUAAUUCGCCAUCCAGAGUUGAAAUUGAUGUUUUGGAAUUUCACUUAAGUUUUGAAAGGUGGAUUGCAACUCAGUACCGUAAAUUGACAAAAGAAGUCUCUGAACUUGUCAACUAUGUAAAAGCUGUAAGAUUUCAAGGGUUUGAAAAUGCAUCUGAAUGGAAAUUUUAUGAAAUGUCUUCAUUCCGAGAAACAAAGGCAGCAUCUUUGAUUGAGACGCAAGCAAGCAGUUUUGUCAAUCAUAAUAAAAAGCAUUUGUCGAGAAUUUACCCAAAGAGUCUUCGUACAGAUUCUAGUAACUUUGAUCCGGUACAGUUUUGGAAUGUUGGAUGUCAACUUGUGGCUCUAAACUACCAGACAUAUGAUAAGGCUUUCUUUCUGAAUGAAGCAAAGUUUACAUCCAAUGGAAAAUGUGGAUACAUACUUAAACCAGAAUUUCUUAGGAGUGAUAAGAGUUUUGAUCCCAAUGAACCUCCCAACAGAAAAUACAUGAAAAAGGUAACAUUGAAGAUAAUCAGUGGACAGCACAUUCCUAAACCUGGCCAGGCCACUGAAGGGGAAGUUGUUGACCCUUAUGUUAUCAUCAAGGUCUAUGGGCACCCAGUUGACAAGCUGAAAGUCAAGACAUCGUUUGUCAAGAAUAAUGGGUUCAAUCCAUGGUGGAAUGAAACAUUUACUCUUCAUAUUGCUGUACCAGACCUAGCAAUAAUUGUCUUCAUCGUGAAGGAUGAAAGUAGCAGUGGGAAGAAUUACAAAUUGGGAAAAUACGCUUUACCCUUCUCUGCAUUAAUGGAAGGUUAUAGACACGUAUAUCUUAUGGAUAAGAGCUUUCAGCCCAUUAUCCCAGCCUCUCUGUUUGUUCAUGUGGCGAUAGAGGACGAAUCCGAGUAGUUAGGUGCUUUUCUCCCCUUCCGAACCAUUAGCUAUCAAAUGAUCUAGAGAAAUAUGUCUCCCACGUGAAAAAUCUCUGAUCUGAUUAUUGUGAUAUUUUUUCUUUCCUCGCAGAAAAUAAAUAUAUUUUUAAUAAAAAACAAUUUAUAUUUUAAACUUUAUGCUUUUAAUCUUCACUGUGAUACUUGAAACUGAAAAUACAGUUUUAAUUUAAAAGGUGCAUGCUUUUUCUGAAUAGACCAAAUUAAUACAACAGCUGAUGUAUUUGGCUUUCAUUUGUCUACUUCUUCUUGUAAUACAAGAGCACAACACAGCCAUACUGAUUUAGUGACUUGUUACUUGCUCUCAAUAUUUUUAUUGCAGAAAUAUCUACUUAAAUCAUGAGUCUUUAUUUGAUGUUACUGCUGAAUGUACAUAUAACCUUUAAUAUGUUGUAAUCAUAUCUGUAUGAUUGGAAAACUUAAUUAAUUAAUUAAUUAAUCUCAAGUUGAGUUAUACAUUCAAUAAUCAUAACUUUACUUAGUUAAGUUCAACAUAAUGAGGCCUAAGUUUGAGAAGCACAACAGGGCAUAAUUUUUAAAUAAUCUAAAUUGCUUUGUUUUUAAAAUAAAUUUUACAUAAUUAAAAAAAUUCUAAUAAACCUGUCAUACUCUUUCAAGUGAAAAUCAAAGCCAAAAUUACUUCCAAGGCUAUCAUUAGGCAAUUUUUGUUAAUAAAACAAGCAAGACAAUAUGAAAUUGAUAUCCAUAUGUUAGAGAUAUAAGAUUCCAACUUUUAAAGCAGCAUGAUGUUUAAGGAUAGUAUUAGGAUCAUAUAUGUUAGAACAAUCCUUAAGUUCUUGUGAUUUAACAUGGCAGUUGUGCUAUGAAAUCUACAGCUACAAGACCAAUGUGAAAGGUAGCUAAACCUAGAUUUAUUAAACUUUUGAAAAUGGAUUACUGGACUGCAGGUGACUCUGACAGCAUUCUUAUUGUAGGGAAACCUUUAGUCUGUUAUUAUUAUUAUUACUAUUUUAUUUUUUAGCUUUUAUUAGCAUUAUUUUUUAUUGAAAUUAACAAAUCAUUAGUGUAUUUUAGUGUGCAUAUAUGAAUUAAAUAUUAUAUGAUGUAUGUAAUCAAUUCACAUCACUGAUCUAUAAUUAGUCUGGGUAACACCGCAAGAAAUUGAUCUGUGAAAAAAUUUCAGUUUUAAUACUUUAAUUUCUACUAGAAAUAUUUGCAAGAUUCUGCCUGAAAUUACUGGAUUUAUUCUGUUUGUUGGAAAUAAAAUUUAGUCUUGUAUGAG